AUGCCAAAUAAAGUCACUAAAGAAUCCGCAAGUCAUAUCUACAGAAACGUAGCUGCCUGUAAACGAUGUCGGAUUAGGAAAAUUAAAUGUGAUAACAAAUUUCCUUCAUGUACUAAAUGUAUACAGGCUCAACAGCCAUGUGUUACUAUCGAUCCUAGUACCAGAAGAGAGAUACCGAGAUCCUACGUUGUGUAUUUGGAAGAUAAGGUUUUGGCUCUAAAAGAACUACUGGAAAAGAACGGACUAAACCCAGAUGAUGUCAAUGAGAAUAUUCCAACAUCAAGUAAUGAUAAGCCUUGCGAUUUGGAGCUGUUCAAAGAGAGAGAGAAACUAAGAGAGAAACAUAAGCUUCAAAAUGGGAACGAGAUGGCUGGUUUUAUUAUUAAUAAAGGCACAUCUAUGCUGAAUGGAAUUGUAGAUAACACUAGAGAUCUCAAAGAUGCGAGUGACCAAUUUUCCAAAGUUGGAAAGGUGAAACAGAGGGCAAAACAGGACUCGGAUCUUGAAGAGCCUUCCUCUUCCUACCUUGGUGACUCAAGUGGUAUAUCAUUUGCUAAGAUGAUGUUUACAGCUGUAAAAUUUAGACCUGAUGUCCUCCCAAAACAAAAGAAGAAAAAAGUUGGUGGUAUCGAUGAAAAGAACCGCAAAUUUGUUAAAAAAGAUGCCCUCUAUCUCCCUCCAAAGGCUAAAGCUGAAAGUAUGAUUGCUGACUACUUCACGGCAUCAAACUCUCAGCUCCCUGUGCUACACCGCGAAUUGUUUUUAGUAAAAUAUUUUGUCCCCGUAUAUGGUCCCCUAUCUCCACACAUAUCAUGGGCAUCUGAUCACACUAAGAUAAACACCAAAUUUCAGAUACCGAAAGCAUUUAAUCCACCUAAUUUCAAGCAACCUUUAAUUGAAUACCUAGCCGAAAAUCCCAACGUGGAAAAAAUUCCUUCGGUAUAUCACCAAGCUAUGUUCUUUCUAAACAUUGUAUUCGCAAUCGGUGUAUCGACAAAAACUUUAGUUGAUGAUGUCUUGGAUCAUCGCCUUUUCAAGUUUUGUGCCGAUCAAUAUCAAGAUUCAUUAUACACUUCAAAAACUAACAGACUCGAGGCUUUACAAGGAUUAUUAUUGAUUGCAAUAUAUUCUUUAAUGAGACCAACAGUUCCUGGACUCUGGUAUACUCUUGGUUCUGCCAUUAGGCUAUGUGUGGAUUUAGGUCUUCAUGCAGAAAAACUAAACAAAAAUUACGAACCUUUUAUUAGGGAUAUUCGUAGAAGGCUCUUCUGGUGUUGUUAUUCGAUGGAUCGACAAGUUUGUGCAUAUUUUGGUAGACCUGUUAGCAUACCAGAUGUAAAUAUCACUACUAUAUUUCCAAGUUCGUUAGAUGAUUCAUUAAUCACUACUACUGAAGAUAACAUCGAUGAUUAUUCUUCCUCAACUUUAAGCACUCCAAGUCCAAGCUACAAAUGUGUCUGCUUAUCAAUGUUCCAAAUAAGAAGAAUUCAAUCAGAUAUUGUCCAGACCAUGUAUGCACCUAAAGCUUCCAUUCCAGAGGAAUUUCUGGAUUUAGAAGAUUGGCGAAUUUCCAUUUUAAACCAACUGGAUGUGUGGUUUCAGAAAGUUAUCCCCAAGACCUCAUUAGAAAUGAACUGCUCAUUUCCAAUGGACUUUUUUGCUCUUAAUUACCAUUACACAAAGCAUAUUCUUUAUGGACUAUCGCCCAAAUGCCCUACUCUCAACAAUGCAGGUUUCAUUGUUGUAUACGAAAGUUCUAUGGACAUUGCCAAUAUAAAUUAUAAAUUGACGUUGGAACGUAAACUCAACUACACUUGGGUAGGUAUCCAUAAUGUUUUUAUGUGCGGUAUGACGUAUCUUUACGUGAUAUAUCAUACGAAACAGUUCGAUGAUGCUCUUUCUGGCACUUUCGAUACAAUUUGUAAUAGGAUAUUAUUUGUCCUAGAGGCGCUUUUUGAUAAAUGCACCGCAGCUUUGAACUGUCACAAAAUUUUUAAAGUCAUGUCUUCAGUGGUAUUAAAGUUAAAGUUAGAGUCUAUGAGUAAAUCUCUCGAUACUGAAAAUGUGAGUACGCAAAUGCGUACUGAAAAUCCUCUAAAUUUCUUAGAUGAUGAUUCCCUUCAACAGUUCUUUGAUGAAAUGAAUAAAAAUUUGACAUCAACAGAAACUGUUAAAUCCCAAUCAUCUGGUGUAUCACCAGCUUUAAGUGAUACACAAACAUCAUCUGGUCAAAGAGAUGGACCAAGAGUGGCAGAAAUGAUUCAAAGGUUAGGAGGUGACGGUAUCUGGGGGGAAUUUUUCAGUAAUAACACUUCUUUCGAGAGCUCUUAG